UGCUUUGGAAUUUAGACUACUGAACUGGGAAACUGGGCGGACGCGACUGCCAGCUUCCGAAAAAAAAUGUUGUCGUUCACUUCAUCUGUGGUUAUUUUUCUUAUUUUAAUCGUUAUUUACUUUGUUUUUCGCAGAGAAUUUGUAAUAAAGAAGAAAAUCGCAGAUUUUGAAGUUAAAUUCCCAGAUGAUAAAAAUAAGACUGAUGAUCGCAGCUGGUACGAUGUUGUUAUAGUUGGGGCAGGACCUGCAGGAUCCACUGCGGCUUUUUUCCUUGCUAAACUUGGCUGGAAAUGUUUAUUGCUGGAGAAGAAAAAGUUCCCACGUGACAAGUACUGUGGAGAUGCCGUCUGUAAGACAGCCAUUGAGAUUCUAAUGGAGAUGGGAAUUUAUGAACAACUCAUUUGUGAAAAGAAAGCUCAUAUUUCUGACAGUGGAGGAAUGUGUAGUCCAGGUGGGUUGAGUUAUAUUGGCAGGAGUAAAGAGGGCUACGGGGAAGUUCCAGCCGCUCUUGCUUGUAAACGAAUCCUUCUUGAUGAGGCCAUUGCCAUGGCUGCUAAAAGAAUGGGAGCAGAUCUGAAAGAGGAACAACCAGUGGCAGAUGCCAAGUUUGACAGUAACACUGGUCUUUGGACAGUUAGUAUUGAAGAGAGUGAUGUUACAUUCACAGCUAGGGUAUUGGUAUGUGCUGACGGGGCUCCUUCACGCUUGGCAACAAAACUUGGUAUUGUUACACAACCACCUGCAAGCACCUGCUCCAGAUCCUAUGUUGAAGGCGGAACACAUAAAUUUAAAGCAGACGGCGUUGUGUUUUACAAUAAGGAUCUCCUGCCAGGUUAUGCAGCAUUGUUUCGACAUCCUAACGAUGUAUUAAAUUACUGUUGUUACAUCAUACCUGGUAACCCAAAAUGUGUCCCUGAUGAUAUAGCGUACUGGCACGAGCAUCUCAUGAAAGAAGAUCCAAAUAUUAGCCGAGCUUUAGGAAAUGAUUACAAAAUAGAGAGAAUGAAAGCAGCAAGUUUACGUCUUGGUGGUGAAAAGUUCAGCUAUGACACACAUUGUAUAGUAGUUGGGGAUGCCGCUGGUAUGAUUGAUCCUUUAACAGGGGAAGGAAUUCAUCAUGCAAUGGAAGGGGGAAAGUUAGCUGCCCAUUUUCUAGAUGAGGUCAUCACCCAUGGCAACUAUGACAGAGAGGUCAUGUCAAUAUUCCAUGACAGAUGGAUGGAACGGUUUGGAUUUGAUUUCAAAUGGUCUAUGUUGUUUUGUCAGUUGACAUACAGGUUCCCGAUUUUACUAGAUGCAGCUACUGCUGCAGUACAGAGAAAAGGGGACCAGAUGCUACUGAAAUGGGCUGAUAUCAUGACAGGACGAGGUCCAAGACACAUGUUAAAGCCAGAGUUUUCUUUCACCAUAACAUUUGAGCUCUUUUUACUGCUUAUCAAAAGAUUGAUGGGGAAACCAACAAAAGUACAGAAAACAGAAUAAGCUGGGAUUUUUAUACUUCCUAUGCACCACCUUGACAUUCCACAGAACAGAGUUUACAUUAUCCCUAUAUGAGAUUAUCUUAUACAAAAUACAAGACUGU